AUGAAGAACGCAGCCAGCAAUAAAAAGGAGAAGAAGACGAUUCAAAGAGAAACGGGGGGCGGGGACUUGAAGAGGAGCAGAGGACCAGACAGCAUCACCGAAGCAGCGGGAGGGCACGGGGCCAAGGGCGGGCCAGGUCACGAGGGCCAGAGGCGGGCCAGGUCACGAGGGCCAGAGGCGGGCCAGGUCACGAGGGCCAGAGGCGGGCCAGGUCACGAGGGUCAGAAGCGGGCCAGGUCACGAGGGUCAGAGGCGGGCCAGGUCACGAGGGUCAGAGGCGGGCCAGGUCACGAGGGCCAAGGGCGGGCCAUGUCACGAGGGCCAGAGGCGGGCCAUGUCACGAGGGCCAGAGGCGGGCCAGGUCACGAGGGCCAGAGGCGGGCCAGGUCACGAGGGCCAGAGGCGGGCCAGGUCAUAAGGGCCAGAGGCGGGCCAGGUCACAAGGGCCAGAGGCGGGCGGGGCGUCACGGCGGCUGA